AUGUCCCUGGAGGUGACGUUCCUGGGCACGGGCUCGGCCUACCCCGGUCCCGCGCGGGCCGCCUCGGCGCUGGCGCUGCGCCGCGAAGGGCACUGCUGGCUCUUCGACUGCGCGGAGGGCACGCAGACCCAGCUCAUGAGAAGCCACCUGAAAGCAGGUAGAAUUACAAAGAUUUUCAUAACUCACCUUCAUGGUGACCACUUCUUUGGACUUCCUGGCCUGCUGUGUACCCUGAGCCUCCAGAGCAGCCCUGACCCAAACAAACCCCCCGUAGAUAUUUAUGGACCAUUAGGACUACGAAGCUUCAUAUGGAGGACCCUGGAGCUCUCCCACUCGCAGCUUCUGUUUCCUUACGUUGUUCAUGAGCUCGUACCGACUCGGGACCAGUGCCCUGCAGAAGAGUUUAAAGACUUCUCUUCCCUGGACAAGGAUGAAGCAUCUUCAGGGGAAGCCCAAGGGAGGAUAAUCCACCUGGAUCCCGUGGAAAACUCGUACUUGCURGUGGAUGAUGAGCAGUUUGUAGUCAAAGCCUUCCAGCUCUUCCACCGCAUUCCUUCSUUUGGCUUUGCAGUGGAAGAGAAGCCACGGGCGGGUAAACUCAACGUGCAAAAACUAAAAGAAAUUGGAGUUCAGCCAGGUCCUCUCUAUGGAAAACUGAAGAAUGGUAUAGAAGUAGUUCUGGAAAAUGGAGUGACAAUUUCUCCUUCAGAUGUCUUAGAAGAGCCUAUCCCUGGAAGAAAAAUUUGCAUUUUAGGGGACUGCUCAGGGGUGGUUGGCGAUGCAGCCGUGAAGCUUUGCUAUGAAGCAGAUCUGUUGAUUCAUGAAGCCACGUUGGAUGAUACCCAAGAGGAGAAGGCCAGAGAGCAUGGUCACAGCACCCCAAGAAUGGCCUCUGGUUUUGCAAAAUUGUGUAAAGCUAAGAAGUUGGUUUUGACUCACUUCAGUCAACGCUAUAAACCAGCCGCGCAGAUGAGUGAAGGAGAUGCUGACAUAACAGAGCUGAAGAGACAGGCAGAGUCAGUGCUAGGUGGGCAAGAGGUAACACUAGCUGAAGAUUUUAUGACAAUAGAAGUUCCAAUGAAAAAGCAAAAAUAGUAUUAACAGACUAUGAACAGGAAGGUGUAAAGUAGGCUGGUGUUCAGUGACACUUGAAACCAAGGGCAGUGUUUCUGGUACCCAGAUGAGUUCCAUCAUGCAAACUGGGGAAUGGUGGAGCACACACCAGAUAGAGUCUUCAUUACUUUGGGACAGAAACAAACAAAAAAGCACUCCAAAAUCUGGAACUUGGAAUAAAUUCUGAAGUGAUUGCUGCAGACACCUGGGCUGGCCAGAAAUUGGAACAUAUAAGUACAAGCCUUCCAGCCUAGGUGUUUCACUUGCACUAGAGAAAGGCUCCUAGGACAGACUACUGUUUUAUUUCACUUAAUACGGUCUUCAGCAGGGGUAAACUCUACACCAGAAUCCAAAGUAUCUUGCCUUUGUCACAAGCCUUUACAUAACAUCUAUUUGAAACUAUAUAUAACAUC